AUCGCGACGCAACGGAUCACUACGCUUCGAGACGAGUCGGGAGUCAAAUGAAAUAGCUUAUUGUUGUCGCUGUCAUUGUUGUUUUUGUUAUUGUAGUUGUCGUUUUAAAGUCGAGCGCGAGGCUUUACAAGCCAUAUCCUGAACGAGAUUUAGUUCAGUUCGUUGUUGAACUUCUCACCGAUCGUAACGUUUGUCGUUUAAUAAGUAACAACAGCAACAAUUGGGAUCCAACAGGCAGAGAAUAUAUUUCAAUUAGUUGGAAAAUUUGGAAAAGGCUUUCCCCGUUAUUAUUUAUCCACAUACACAUACAUACAUACAUGCAUGCUUAGUAAUAGCAAGCGCAUACAAAUUAUAAAUGGGCUUAGUUAACGACUUUUCGCUUAUUAAAAAAACAAAACUUUAAAUUUUUGGCAUAAAUAUCAACUGUUUGUUAAAGAGUAAACGUACUGACACAAUUUGUGUGCUUAUAGUCCAAUUUUAAAUUUUUUGGAAUAUACGACGAGCUGUAACAACGCCGCAAUGGUCGAAACGGAAAUUGUGAUUACGAACUCGGAGCCGGUGACAAAGGCCAGUUUAAUAGUGGUCUCGAAUCGUUUGCCAUUCGUUUUGAGUCGUGACCCGAAAACGGGCAAAUUGGAACGUAAAGCCAGCGCUGGCGGUCUUGUAACUGCUGUCUGUCCGGUGGUGAUUAAGGGUAAAGGCUUGUGGGUCGGCUGGCCAGGCAUACAUUUGGAAGAUUCCAAUGAGCCCAUACCCGAAUCGAAUCCAACGGAUCAAACGCCUACAGCAGGCUUAAAAUCCGAUCAAGUCGUCUCCGUCAAUAUAAACUCCGCGAUUUUCGAUAGCUACUACAAUGGUUGCUGCAAUAAGAUAUUCUGGCCGCUCUUCCACUCUAUGCCCGGUCGUGCCACCUUCGGCGCCGAACACUGGCACAACUAUGUAACGGUAAAUAAACAUUUCGCGGCACGUACCAUUGAGGCGCUUGAGAAGUGUUUGGAGCAAAACAAAGCUUUAGACAACAAUACACCGCCAAUUGUUUGGAUUCAUGAUUAUCAUUUAAUGUUGGCCGCCAAUUGGAUACGUGAGAAGGCGGAAGAGAAACAGCUGCCAUGUCGGCUUGCCUUCUUCUUGCACAUACCUUUCCCACCAUGGGAUAUCUUCCGUUUGUUCCCUUGGGCCGAUGAAUUACUCCAAGGUAUGUUGGGCUGUGAUAUGGUGGGUUUCCACAUACAGGACUAUUGUCUGAACUUUGUCGACUGUUGUCAACGCAAUUUGGGUUGUCGUGUCGAUCGCAAUAAUCUACUCGUCGAACAGGGUGAACGCACUGUUCGUAUACGACCGCUACCCAUUGGCAUACCUUACGAACGGUUUGUGACUUUAGCGAAGACCGCUGGUAAACUGUUGAAGAGUGAUAAGCAACAGAUCAUUUUGGGUGUUGAUAGAUUGGACUAUACCAAGGGUUUGGUGCAUCGUUUGAUGGCUUUCGAAACCUUAUUGGAGAAGUAUCCACAGCAUAAGGAGAAAGUCAGUUUAUUACAGAUAUCCGUGCCAUCACGUACCGAUGUCAAGGAGUACAGAGAACUGAAAGAGGAGGUAGAUCAACUGAUAGGACGCAUUAAUGGUCGUUUCACGACAGCCAACUGGGCGCCUAUACGUUAUAUCUACGAUUAUGUGGCGCAAGAUGAUUUGGCCGCCUUGUAUCGCGAUGCUGCCGUAUGUUUGGUCACACCACUGCGUGAUGGCAUGAAUUUGGUAGCAAAAGAAUUUGUAGCUUGCCAGAUCAAUGCGAGUCCGGGUGUGUUGGUAAUCUCACCCUUCGCAGGCGCUGGUGAGAUGAUGCACGAAGCAUUGCUUUGCAAUCCUUAUGAGGUACAUGCCGCGGCCGAAGUCAUACAUCGUGCACUCACAAUGCCCGAAGAUGAACGUAUACUCCGUAUGAGUCGAUUGCGUAGACGCGAAUCAGAAUGUGAUGUUAGCAAUUGGAUGCGUUCGUUCCUGAAGGCAAUGGGCACACUGGAUGUCGAUGAUGUCGGCACAACCAUUAUGCAGCCAGUCACUGUGGACGACUUUGAUGAUUAUCUCCUCAAAUACAUUGGUUACAAUCACAAAUUGGCACUUUUGUUGGAUUACGAUGGUACGUUGGCGCCGAUUGCACCACAUCCAGAUCUCGCCACACUCUCGCCCGAAAUUAAAAAUGUACUCUUUAAGCUUUCAAAUCAUUCCGAUGUUUAUGUUGCCGUCAUUUCGGGGCGUAAUGUGGACAAUGUGAAGCGUAUGGUUGGUAUUGAGGGCAUUACUUAUGCCGGUAAUCAUGGCUUGGAAAUUCUGCAUCCCGAUGGCAGUAAGUUUGUGCAUCCAAUGCCGAUAGAAUACGAGGACAAAGUUAGUCAUUUACUAAAGGCGCUUCAGGACUCGGUUUGUCGCGACGGCGCUUGGGUGGAGAACAAAGGCGCACUACUCACAUUCCAUUAUCGUGAGACCCCAGCCGAAUUACGACCGGCGAUGAUAGAGAAAGCGCGUGGACUUAUAAUUAAGUACGGUUUCAAAGCAACCGAAGCGCAUUGUGCACUCGAAGCUCGGCCGCCCGUACAAUGGAACAAGGGUCGCGCAUCAAUUUACAUAUUACGCACAUCGUUCGGUGUGGAUUGGAGUGAACGCAUUAAGAUUAUAUAUGUAGGUGACGAUCUGACCGAUGAGGAUGCCAUGGUGGCGCUCAAAGGUAUGGCGCGUACAUUCCGUGUCACCUCAUCGGAUAUCGUGCGCACAGCAGCCGAUCAUCGUUUGCCCUCAACCGAUUCGGUAUAUACGCUACUCAAAUGGGUCGAACGUCACUUUAUGGGUCGUAAGGCACGUGCGAAUUCGUUGACCUAUCGCAAUCGUCGCGAGGAUGGUGUACGUACGCAAAUGUCACUGGAGAUUUCUUCGAAAUUGAGUAAUAACCUCGAUGUGGAACAUGUGUAGCCGACAAGAUAACACGUCGAUGUCUACCGAUUGUCGAAAGCGGAAGUAUUGCAGAAAGUCUAUUAGUUGGUGUAUUUUUAUCUCUAUGGGCUUUAGCAGAUGUGCAAAGCAAUUCUUUUUCUCUUAGAGAAUGAGUUUUAUUUAGUUUUUAGUGGACAAUAAGCAUAAUUAAAUUACGGAAGACAUAUCUAUGUAUAUGUAUGUAUAUAUUUACGUAUUUUUAAUUUAAGAAUUUAUAUGUGAAUGCAAUUUUAAAUAAAAGAAGAACAGUACCUAC